UCAAGUAAAAUACGAAUAUUAGCUGCCCUGCUGUAGGUCUUUAUCGCGGUGGCCUGCAUUUUGAGACGUUCUUUUUCUAUGUUGGUCAUCUAAUAUAAGAAAACUGUGUGUGUCGUGUCCGCUAUCAAAGGGUUAGAUCUCGUGUGCGGCUGGGGCGGCGUGCUGGCCGGCUGUUCUCUUAAAUACAUUCACUUGUGACCUGAAUCAUUGCGCCUGAGCGGCGCGAAUCAGCCCCCGAGAAGUGCGAAGCGCUCAGUUCUCGCGUAGUCGUGAACCGACACACGACAUGUGACAAACAUGAAGACAGUCUCAAAAAGCAAUACUGCCGGCGAAAAAGCCGAUAGCUCGGCACAGCAGCAGGAAAAAAGUGCUCCAGGCGGACACAAUAGCAAGCCGGUGCAAGGUGUUGGACUAACUCCUCUGUGGGAGCAGGUCACCCGCACUGGUCACAUCCCUCCAGACACAGACGUCAGCCUGGUAUUUUGUGAAAUCAGCGCCAGGUUGCGUCAUGGCGAGUGGGAAGUGCGCCAACAUGCCCUCCGAGUGCUCACAGACAUCGUGCCUGUUCUUGGGCACCAGCGUCUGGAAAUGUGUUUGCCGUCAGUGUUGUCUGAACUCAUCACCAACUUGGGCCACCCUUCUGCCGCUGUUCGGAAGGGUGCAUCCAACACUCUCAGGACGUGCAUCAGGGAGUCUGAUUCCCCAGACGGAGUAUUGCGGACAAUAAUCGCUCGGGCGAACAGCGAUGACAGAAACGUCGCCUUGGGUGUGGUCAUCCACUUACCAGUGCUGCUGGAUGACAGAGUGUCGAUGCAAACCAUGUCCAUCAUGAUUGGCACUAUUGCGAAAAAGCUCAUUCAAAUUUCAUUUCAAGAACACGCUCUGAGGUCUCUAGUGAAAAUUCGCCAGAAUAUAGGAGAGCGGGAUUUCAACCACAUCUUGGCGAAAUGCAAUCCUCAAUGUCUGCAAGAUUUCAGCAUCUUGUGUCAAGUGUAUGAGGUUACAGACUACACGUCCAGUCCCUUGGAUCUUUCGCAGCCACUUGGAUUUUUGUCGGACGACGUUCAAUUGCAAGAAUUUAACAUCAGCUCCGAUGAAAACGCUCCUGGGCCUAGUGGAUCAACAUGGAACCAACCGCAAAGGGCCUCUUCUCCCAGUCCUACACGACAACCUGCCAAGAGACCGAUUUCGGGACGCUCAAGUUCCAUGGACAAUCCCAACAAGUCGAGUUCUGGGAGUGGUGCGAGCAGCAGUUUCAGCCAGCCAAGUUCCGACUAUGAAGAUGAUGGCAUGUUUAUCAGAGGAAAAUCUGGUGGCUCGCAAAGGUCGAGAAUCGGAACUGGACGACGCGUUCGUUUCGGGGGCGAAAGCGAGUUGAAAACUCCAUCGCCGAUUGUGGUUUUGAAUGAUGACGACGCAGUGAAAGAGAACACCAACCCAGUGCAAAGAAAAAGCAUGGUGGAAGCGGACAGGCCCGUCAGCCACAUACCUGUUCGGAUUAAAUCAGAUACCUACAUCAAUAGAGAAAAUGUUGCUCCUUCACGCCCUAAAUCCAGAUCUCAAGAGCAGCCACUCACAGCAAGAAACAGUGUUUUUGAAAACCAAAUGGAAGUGCCUAAACCGGAAAUUCGUGUUUCCUCACCGACCCAAAAUGAAGUGACCGUGAAAUCCCCGCUUGCACCCCUAGCAGCCCUCCCACUACCUUCACCACCUGUGCCCUCUGCGGUCCUGAACUCUCCUCAGAAUUCACCUCCCAAAAAACCACCAUCCCCUAAAAAGUCCACGCCUAAGAAAAAGCGGGCUGCAACGAGAAAUAGAGAAUCGCCCAUCCCUACUUUUGACGGUGGCGAGUCUCUUACUGGAAGCUCGUCAGACUACGAUAGAGAGGAGGCGGCCAGAGCGAAGACGUUGCCCACUGAAGUAGAAGAUGCGCCCAGGGUGGCCUCUGCACUUGCAACUUUAGAAGACAUUGAAAAGAAAGCAGCGGAGAACACUAGCUGGGAAGAGCUCAGCAUAGUCGACAAGUCUGUGAUGGAGGACCUGAGGGACAGGGAUGAUUGGAGGGCUAGAGUGAGAGGAGCGCAACAGCUGAAAGCAGCCCUUCGCAACUCAGGAGCGGUGGAGCGCCUCAGAGCUCAUUUGCCGGAGUUUCUCACCUUCCUGGACUCGAUGUUGGAAGAUCACAGCCCGCUGGUUAUUAGUGCAACGUUGGGCACCUUUGCUCGCCUCUCGGAGGCUCUCGGCACCAAACUGGCACCCCACGUCCGCCACAUCUGCGGCGCCCUUUGCAGACCCGCAGCUUCGUCCAGGGCCGAAGUCAAGAUGGAAGCGGCCCACGCCUCCAAGGCCCUCAUGCAGGCCCUCGGGCCUCAGGUGGUGAUGGAGGCCUUUGCUGACAAUGUCAAAGCCCGCAACCACCGGCACAGAGAAGCAGCUCUCCAGCUCGUUAUCUUGGGUCUCCUCACUUUUCCCAGCUCUGAUUUUGACGCUGUUGAAAUCGCCAAAAGGGUCAUACCCUCAUUGACUGACAGCAAGCGACGUGUUCGGCAGGCCGCUUUGGAGUGCACAGCUGUCUUGGGACAAUUCAUACACGUUUCUGCACUGCCCAUCCAUUUGGCCACUGAAAAAUUGCGAUCCAAACAAUCAAUAGACGCGUUGCAUGCAGCGGUGAGCGGACGCCUCUCCAGGAAAAUAUUGCCUGUCCUUUCCUCUGAGGGACUCAUACUUUACAGCGUGCAGGUUUCCAACGCUGCAGCUCGAGGACUUUCAGGAUCCCCUUUCGGAGCUGACGUGGAAUGGAUUUUGGCUGGAAGUGGCUCAACCAGCGCUGGUUCUGCCAGGUCAAGAGGUCAGCUCUUUUCAGCCGCGCGCAGAAACAGCAGUGAGGACUCGUUGCCGGAAGACACCAGGCCCAUUUCCUCGAACAGACUAAAAUCAAGCAAAGGACCUAGAAGUCCCCGGAAACGAGUGGUUAAGGAUACAAGCUCAUCAGAAAAAGAUUUCCAAAGCUCUCUGAUUCAAGAGUACCGCUCAUUUCAAACGGAAGAGAUCCCAGCAACCCCUCAACCACCUCCUCAAGAGGAAAUCAGGGAUGAAAUAGACAACAAUGACGUUCCUGAUGACACCUGGGAGCUGGUUCCAGUAUCUGCAAUUCAAGAUGACCAAAACAACUCACGCUUGCCCACUGAGGGGCCCCUUUGGACUGCAGAACUCGCUACCGACCCAAAUCAGCCUCCUGAUGGCCAAAACCGACCGAUGUAUCUUCGUCUUUUGCGCCGACAACCUGAGCAACUCGUCAAUCUCGACAAAGAGCGAGGCUACGUAUUGCUUCCGAGUAAACAGCUAGCCUCUGCUCUUGGUAGCAGAUCUACGGCAGAUGUAGCAUCCUCUCAAAAUAAACCCUCCAACCAUGAGCCUCCUUCCCCUGCAUUCAAUAGAAAGACAGCACAAACUCAAGAGCGCGUCUUUGAAAACAGGGGCAAUGUGGAGCGCCCAGAGGAGCAUAUUUCGCCAACCAGGGUUUCAGUCAGCAACCUAUCCAGAGAUCGGCACAGAAUGUCUCCCCUAAAUCGAGAGCAAAUUGGCAGUCCGCCAUCAACAGCAAGCAGCUCAGAUAAUGGAUAUGGGAGUCCUUACCGCAGACAUGAAUCAAAAAGAGGGAGAAGAAACGAAUCAAGGGAGAGAAAUAUGACUGAUCCAGGCUUCAAUAGUGCUAACAGAAGAGCUGAGAGUCCUCAGAGAAAUGCCCUCAACUCGACUUCCUCUCAAGGAUCUGCCAGCAGCAAAAGGACACCAAACAACAACAACAACAUCAUUAACAACAGUCAACUGCAAAUCCAGUCUGCCCCUGGCGCUGUUCAAUAUGACUCUGAAUCAUUCAUAAACGAAACUGCUCCAUCCGAUAACAAAGCAGAGUCGCGCCGCUCCUCGGCCCACUCCUCGGCUACUCGUUCUGGAGACUCGGCCAUAGGGUCCAUCGGCUCGAACCAAACCCUACCCACAGUCGGCCAGCACAGCAACAUGCACUACUUUGACCCUUUCGAGACUCCUCUCCCGUACAGGACUAAAAGCGUGAGUGGGCCGUUCUUCAUCAAUGACGGAGUGUUGAGUGGCUCUCCAGGGUCCCCAACUCGCAGACAGCCUCAAACACUCCCAGAGGCCCCCCAGCCCACGCCGCCAGCCAUUAGCCCAGCGCCGCUGAACAACAGUGUGCACAGCAGUCCUCGCAGGUCGCUUGCUCCCUCUCCAGAGAGGUCCAACUCCCCUCCAAUCAGACCACAAACCUCUUCUCCGAUACCCCUCCAGCAGAUGCAGCAACAGAAGGCGGGUCCUUCAAAUCACCAGCUCCCUGAACCUGAGUUACCAAAUCCAAUGGAGCGGCCUCUGCCCUUGCCAGUCGAGCCAUCUGAGCAGCCCCCAGCCCCCACUGCCUUCACUGUUCCCAUGAUGCCCAAGGCCAGGCCGGCCAGAAGCACAGCCUCACACAUUCCUCGCCGCCCAUUGAAGAGUAACUCUUUGAACCGUGGCGUGCGAAACAGCUCGGCUCACAGCUCCAGUUCAUCCCUGAUGGAUGACAUGCCUCCAAUUCCUUUUAGAAAGCCCCACGACGUUCUCAGCCAGUGCAAGAUGCAGUUGGAUAGCCCUGAAUGGACAACCAUCAUCAAGGCAUUGAAGACCCUGAACUACCUGGUGGAGCACCACCCAGACGUCGUCACCUCGGAGCUGCACACCAUUGUCACCUUGGUCGUGACUCAGAUCAAGAACCUUCGGUCCCAGGUGUCCAGAAACGCCUGCCUUGUUGCGGGCAACAUGGCCAUCUUCCUGAAAAAAGCUCUUGAGAUUGAGGUUGAAGACCUGGUGGCACCUCUGUUGCACCGUUCAGCAGACACUACCAAGUUCCACCGCAAGGACUGCAAUGAGGCUCUGGACAAGAUCAUGCAAAACAUCGCACCAAUGAAGACCCUCGCGGCUGUCAUCUCUCAAGGCUCAAGCCACAAAAAUGCCGUUGUUAGGACUACAGCAGCAAGACUUUUGGCCGAACAGGUUCAGCGGAUGGGAGCAGACAAGGUGAUGACUUACCUCAGCAAAGAUGUGCGCGUCAAACUGCUCAGAACAACUGCAAACUUUCUGACUGAAGGCAGUCAAGAGACAAGAGAUUGGGCCAAGAAAACUAUGCAAGUCUUGGUUUCACACGACUUGUUUGAAGCCUAUUUGGAGCAGGCGGUUUCCCCCAACAUCCUCAGGACAAUCGACAAGACGCUGAAGGUACUCAAGGGCAAAAUGCCGAUGAAAAAGUGAAAAUGAUGAAGGUACAUUCAAUAAUGGGUCUAGUGGUUGAUUCAUAUGCUUAAAUAUAUAUUUAACUACUGAAAUGGUGUAGUGCACAGUAGAAUUUUGUUGAAACUUAUUUUAUGCGUCGAUUUAAAUAUUUAACUGAUAAGAUUUUUAUGAUUAUAACCUUUAGGAAAAAUGUGAUGAGAAAAAUAAAACUAAUGAUAAUUGAUUCUGAUA